UUUAGUACAAACGUACUCGCUGAUAAUGUUGAUAAGUUAAUCAAACUGAAUUUAUAAUCGCUGACCUGUUUAAACUUGUUUUACAUCAGCUUGCAUUUAAACCGAAAAUCAACACAAUAAAUUGAACUCGUCACAUCAUAGUAUUUCCAAAACUUAUAACAAUCGCAAUCUAGUAAAUUAUCUUGGUUGAAGAUAUUACUAAGAAAUAACUUUCAAGGCGGCAUAACAGUCGGAAAUCAAAGUUAAAUAUAAUUCAUCUUGAGAAAGUGGAUGCGAAAAUGGCAACAAUUCAACCGUUAAAGAUGAAGUUUCCGGAUGAGCAGGGUGACACCUAUUCCGUCCUGGAAUAUGUACUGACAGACCAGUCCAGGAUUGAUUAUUUAAACAAAACAUACGUGGUGGAUACAGAACCCAACACUUUUAGUGACUGUCCGGUAAAAACCAUAACCCAGUACGACUCGGCAGAGGAGAUCGAACCGGAACCGGAAUUGGCGACCGUCCCUGUCGCCAUGUGUCGCGACCCUUUCCGCCAAGGCCGUCACAAGAUCGUCCUUUGUGAACCAGAGUACAUCGACAGACCCGGCCAACACGUUGAGUACAACCGUCGGGUGCUCCUCGGGAAGACGUUGUCACGGGUAACCGAUCAAGAGCCUUGGUUCGGCUUCGAGCAGGAGUACUUUCUAGUAGACGCAACCGGCCGGCCGCUCGAAUGGGACUCAUACCCAGACCAACGUAAUCUGCAGAACGAGUUGUUUGUUGGAAAUAACAGCGGCAUGGAACGGACGUUUUUCGACACACACUUACAUGCGUGCCUCUACGCCGGGCUGAAAAUGUACGGCGGCAACAGAGAGGGCUCUCCUUCUAUGUGGGAGUACCAAAUAGGACCUCUUCCGGGCUUGGAGGCAGCAGACCAACUUCUUCUCUCGCGUUACAUUUUGAUAAGGCUGGCAGAAUCCGUAGGCCUGUAUGUGAAAUUCGGCAACCCGGAAGUAUUAAAGUCUUGCGACGGCAGGAUCGCGCUACACACAAACUUCAGCACCAAAAAAUCUCGGGCGGAGGGGGGACUGAGGGUUCUUAAGAAAAUGGCCGAAAACAUUGAACGUCAUGACCAAGCCUUGAUUAUGAGCAACUAUGACAAUGCAGGAGGCGCCACCAUGGAAUGGUUUCUAUCAGGAAGGGCAGCUAUGCCAAGUUAUGACAAUUUUCAGUGCAAGGUUGGUUGUAAGGAAGACUGCAGCUUGCGGAUACCGGCGAUGGUGGCCCAGGCUGGAAAGGGUUACAUAGAAGAGCGCCGGCCUACUGGCGACGCCAACCCAUAUGACGUAUGUCGGGCCUUAACGGCGUCCGCCCUCCUUGAACCUGGUAGUUGGUAGGACUGCAGGCAUUGGCGUUGUUUAAACAUCACAUUAUUAUAACCUUUAUGAUUAUAAUUGACUUCGCCAUCAUGAAAUAACACCAUUAUGUAUUUUCUAGAUGGUUAUUAUAAUAUCAGAAAUAAUCACGUAUAACUUAAAAAAUAAGAAGAAAUUGAAAAUUGUAAGGUAUUUUAAUAUCAUUUGUUUUUACGGAUAAGGAGUUUUGUUUUCAGUGGAAUGGUCUUCACUUACUGGACAAGAUUUGGCAUUCCAGAAAAUAUUUCAGCGGGCAUUUUGAAUAUAAAUGAAAAUUAUCAAAUGAAAUACAAAGGCUAAUACAUAUUUAUGAUUGUUUCAAGUUUAUAUAUCAUUCACAUCUGCGAACACAUACAACUCCUUUUGUUGUUUUUUUCUCCAAGUAUUAAUUUUGUUAAAUGUGACGAUCUGGUAUUCUUACAUUCUUACACAGUGGUAGGUACUGGUAUUGUCAGGACGCUGGCCAGGCAGAUAUUUGGAUGGUUACCUGUAGGUAGGGAUUGACCCAAUCAUAGGAGCAACCAUGCCUUUAUACACUUCUGAUUCUGAUAAUAUCAGUAAAUAAGCAAAAUGUAGUAGUAUUUAAAUUACAUGAUAAAUUAAGUACCUCCCCUUUGCAAUACUUUCAAAGAUAUUUUCUAGCAAGCAAAAUUAAGUAUAACAUUUGUCCCAACUACACAUCACUGUACCACGCUGUAAUUCCUAUGUACAUAAUGCUACUUACUUGUUUUAAAUGUAUACGAUUGUCCUUAUUUUAUACUCUUGAAAGAACUAACCAUUUUAAAGUGGUAUCGUGCGCGUGUGGACUGGCCAUACAGCCGGGAAAACUGGUCGAUGUUAUCACUUUAUACAGGGUUGUUAUCCAUCUUACAUUUUGUAAUAUUUUAUAAUUGUAUGCAUGAAAACAAUAAGAAACGGCUUUUGUAAAGACUUCUUAUAAUAUUGUGCCUAUUCAAAACGUUAAAAAAAAUUUCCAUGUCUAGUGCUGUUUGCUGUGUUUUGAUACGUUAUGUAUGUCGGAGAAUAGCUAAUUAUUUCUUGUUAGCAUAUACCCGACUUAAAUAAAAUGAAUGUAUCUUUUGAAUCUUGCAGCAUGCAUUAUUAGUAAAAAGUUCUAGUGUAAUACAUUUUGCCAUGACAGCAUAUACUCGUUACAUGGCGAUCUGUCAAGUAUUUAAAGCUGACAGUCAUCGAUUGAAUAGAAUAUCCCAUACGGGAUAAUAUCAUUUUAUACGACAUUUAUUAUACCCGUUCAUUUUAAUUAAUAAAAA